UGGUGACGAAGGUUUGACAAGUUCCGGUCGCCUCCUCUGCUUGACUUCCUGGAGUGCGUUUGUAUAAUUUGCCGAUAGAAGGCAAUGGCUCGCGAAUACGAUCAUUUGUUCAAAUUAUUAAUUAUCGGAGACAGUGGUGUGGGGAAGAGCAGUCUACUUCUCAGAUUUGCCGAUAAUAUAUUCUCAGGAACCUACAUUACAACAAUUGGAGUAGAUUUCAAGAUCCGUACUGUUGAUGUGAAUGGAGAGAAAGUCAAGUUGCAGAUAUGGGAUACGGCAGGACAAGAACGUUUCCGAACAAUCACAUCCACGUAUUACAGAGGCACACAUGGUGUGGUGGUAGUUUAUGAUGUUACAAGUGGUGAAUCCUUUGCAAAUGUAAGGAGGUGGCUGCAUGAAAUUGAUAACAACUGUGAUGUGGUUAACAGGAUAUUAGUUGGCAACAAAAAUGAUGACCCAGAGAGAAAGGUAGUACUCACAGAAGAUGCACAAACCUUUGCACAGCAGAUGGGUAUCCAACUGUUUGAGACAAGUGCAAAAGAAAACAUCAACGUGGAAGAGAUGUUCCUUGCCAUUACAAAACAAGUACUCCAAACAAAGAAAGAGCAGCAGAGAAAAGCAGCAGAACAGCCAGUGAACACGAUCUCACUUACAGACAAGUCAAGAGGAGGCAGGAAAAAUAAAUGUUGUUCAUAGUAACUGUAUAGUUUAGAUGCUUGCAUUUCUACUUUUGUUUUACAUUCUUUACCACUGACAUUUCCAAGCAGGUACUUUGUGAAUAAUACAGACAUAAACUGGACUAAGCCCCCUCCUGCUCAAGAUUUUGUCUUUAUAGCCACUGAGUCGUGCACUAGUCUUGUGGGAGAGAAACAUUCUCUGCAAACAUGUUUAAUGUGUUAAUUUUUAUGAUUACUCUGUGGUCAUUGAUUAAACUGUUAAUAGAUUGGAACAGUGUAAGCAUUGCUUGGAAUAGACAAUAAAAUCAUCCUUGAGCUGUGAAGGAUUUCCAAAGUGUAUGCAAUGAUAGUCUACAUACAAUACAGUUUUACUGUCCUAUUAAGACUUUUUAAAUUGUACUUAAGAUAUGCAUUCAGAAGCAUGCAAAUACAUAAUACAAGCCCAUAUGCAUACACUUUCCUGAAAUGGCUAUUUUGAGAGCACUUAAUGUUCCUAGUUUUUCCUAAUCGCCUAAUCUUCAAUUUAUAUCAUUUUUAGAAAGAGUUUAUAAAGGCAUAUUCCAGUCUUUAAAAAAUGGACUGCUAAGAAAAUAGUUCUUAUAGACACAGCUACUUUAAGGUACUCUAUUCCUAUCAACUUCGUAUCUCCAGGUUGUUGGCUACAUUAAUCUGUUAUUAAUCUGUUUACAUUGUAUAGAAAUCAUAGCAAAUAGAAGCUGUGUAUAACUUUUACAGAGUUGAUGUGUUGUCUUAAAUAGAGAUGUACAUGCUGAUAUCCCUUAUUACAUUUUUGGCUAUAUGUGUGUAAGCAUGCAUGCAUGUGCAUGAUUAUGCAUAAGUGGGAGAAUAUGAUAUGUUGGGAGGGGGAAGAUAAGUGAGAGAUGAUUCUGUCUUAGUAGCAAACUAUUCAGUUCACAAGUACCACAUUCUGCUUAUUCUUUUUUGAAAGGCCAUUGUCUUUUACUUUUACUGGUGACUGGCCACUUAUGAAGCAUUCAUAAUGAUUGUAAAAACCUAUUCAAAGUAAGCAUCGUUUCUGUUUAAAAGUAUGAAAUCACUAGCUUUUAAUUCUUUAAAUAGCUUACAGGCUGUACUAACAAUGCCCCAGGACAUGCAUUUAAGAGAAAUGUAAAAAUACCACAGUAGAAUGUUUUGUCCUUUUUAAUUUUUUUCUUUUAUGAUGCAAAGGCUUGUGCUAAUUGCUUAUGCUAAAUCGCAGAUGCAGAUGCUGGAAAGUAAAAUUACUUAAAGAAGAUGGAGUCCUUAAGGGAUAUAAAUUAUGGGGCAUUUGUUAUUUACAGGCCCCUGUUGCUUGAGAGAUUGGUGAUCGUGUAUUCAGGGCUGGCAAUGUGUCCUUUAAUCUGUCAACCAAAAUGUCACUGACAGUGGAACUUGUUUUCUUAGGCUAUAUCCUAUCCUCCCCAACCCCUAUAAACUUGUGGUAACCGUCCAUCAAAAAUUUAUUAUUAGGUCUAUGAUAUGGUGGAUGUGAUGUUAGAUGUUGUUUUCAUUUUUGCCACUCUUUGGAACAAAAAGAAUUCUUGAAAAAAUUGCUGCUUGAAGGGUUUGGUUAUCCACUGGUCAUGGUGCACAAAACAUUUUGUUGCAUUUAAUAUUAGAACAAUGCAAAUUAACAUUUUGCGUUUAUGUAUAAUUUGGGGGUGGGGUAUAAAACAGUGGGCCGUUGGAGAGUUAUCAUUUUCUCUGCAGUUGUUGAAAAAUUGUAUUUUCUUUGCUACUCAUAACAUAAUGUUGCAUUCUGGUGGUGUGCAGGUAUGCAUUAGAUAAGAGUGUCAGUGAGAAUCAUUAUCAUUAUCUGGCCAUAUAACUAGGGGUUAUAUUUUUGGUGAUUUAUAUGUAUUAAGGUUUCAAGACCUGUAGAACAUGCAUGUGAAAAGAUGUAUUCUUUAGCGAGCUGUGUAACUUUCAUCAUUAGAGCUUGUGUGUUUGUGAGAUAUUUGUGACGUAAUAAGUAGAAUGUAUAUCUUUUCGCUCUUUAUAAAUUUGCUCAUGUUUCAGUGAAACUUGAGAAUUCAGUUAAAGGGACCACUAUCAUAUUCUUUUUCACAGCCUCUCAUUGACAAACCUUGUGAUAAUAGAGUGGGACACUUCUGUACAUGUCGAUGACGAAUGCAUGCUUGCUUCACUUGUUACCAUUUCACAUGUUCAAGAAUGGUGCAUUUCGUUAAUAGCUAGAAAGAGAGAAAUUAAUUCACUUAAAAAAAACAACAUGCUUUUAUGUCCAGUCUGCCUAGGAUUGGAAGAAGUUUUCAUCAAGAAACAGUGCUACAUUCUUUAGGUUGAAGGUCAUAAUGUUAAUGCCUGUGGUUACCACAUUGUUUAGUAAUCUUGGGGUGUAAUCAUUGAUGCUUUGUGACAAUUUUCUGUGGAGUGUUCUGCAGGGACCGACUUCUUCCUAGAUAUAAGUUGUUUUCUUGCAGAUUUUGCUGUGUAUUGCAUGUUUGUUGCAUUUGCAUAAAUACUUUGUUGCAUUUAGUACUUCUGAAUUUUUAAAACUAAUUUCAGUUAGUCAUUUGCAUCUGUAAAUAUUUUAUACCACAAAAAAUGGUUCCUAUCUGUUAAAACUAACAGACUAACAAUAAUUGCAGCAAGAUUUCAGUGCAAAUUAGUUAUUAUGCAGUAGGCUCUUUAAUUGUAAUUUUUAUUUCAACAAGAAAAAAUUACAUUCGGUCUGCUUUUUUUUGUUUGGUUUUGUUUUUUGUUUCUGUUGUCACCCUGCCAAUAGCAAACUUUUUCUUCUUGCUAUCUUGCCUCUGUAAAGCUGAAGACUUGGCUACUAGUAUUUAUCUUUACUUUCAUCCCUCCUAAUGUUAAAUUUAGAAAGAAUGUCUCUGUCAUAGUCUUAUACUGACUUGUUUAAUCUGUUUUAUGCAAAUGAAAGUGCUCAUUGUAGACACAUCUUUAAAAUUUUGUGACUGGUCUCCAGAGUGUGGAGGGUUUUUUCCUUCAAAUUGCACAAUAAGCUUGGUAAAGAGUUUAUAUUGAAACAUAUAAAGCAUCUGCUCUGACCAUAGACAAAGCAAGAAAAUUUGGCACUGUUUUCCAGACUGGAUUUUAUAACUGUAUACAGUGAAUUUCGCUUCUGUUUACAGAGCUUCUAAUCCCAAACAACAAAGUAUGAAAAGGCAAAUUCUAAAAAGACUCUUAUUCCUCUGUUGAUUACUUUUUGUUGGCAAAAUCUGGUAGUUAACAAGUGAUGAAUAAACACAUUCAGGCUUUCUUGGGAUUUUUUAAAAGUCAGACGUACUAGCAGGCAAAAUGUUCCAUUUUGAAACCAGUUUUGGCAAGUCUAAGAUCGUUGAAGCUGAAACAAAGUGAUCAUAAAUUAACUUCAAACUUUUUAGUUCGGAUUAUAAGAAAUACUCGAAUGCAUUUAAACAUGCAGCUUUUAAAUAAGCAAAGAACAUGUGAUAAUUGAUAGAAGUUUGCUACUCAGAAUUAGCAACAAUUACUCGAAUGUCACUCGGUAGUUUCUCUUUUUAUGUCAGUUUACAUUGUGAUAUGUUCACGGAGGUCUGGGGGAUUUUUUAACCACCUCCCCCUUUUUUUUAUGUGUGUGUACUUGCAUGCAAACUCUUUUCCUUUUUUCAUCCUUCCAUCCCCCCUGCCUUUUUCUCUUUCUUUAUAUGACCUCAGAUUAAAGCCUAGCCAGUCAUCGUGCUUCACAUUUUUAGAAAGAAUUGACGGUUGUUCAAAAUACUGCAAGCAUGCAUUAUACGUAUAUUACAAAAUUCUUGUUUAUAAUUUAUCUUGACUGAUACUUUUAUCCUGUGAAUGAUGCAUGCUUGCAUAUUUUAAUUAGCCCUACAUGUCCAUCAAAUGCACUUGCUAUAUUAUUGCAGUCUGUUUGCUUUGCACACAAAGUUAGCUUACGACUAAAGCAAUAACUCUGAACUACUGAAAUAAAAGACAAAAACAUAUUUUAGUGUGUUCUUUUAAGAGCAUUUUAUGUAACUGAACUUAACAGCAUAUUUUUAUAAAGGCAACAAGUCUCACUGCCUUGUUAACAUUUCUGUAAGAUAAUCAGUGUGCAAGAUAUAGAUAAUGGAUUAACUGAAAAUUUAAUGUUUCUGUUCAAAAUAAUUUUGUUAAUAAAGAAUUGAAUCUAUAGUUAGUGUUUUUAGCCUAUUGACCUACUGCUGUUACAAUGAUGACUGAAUACAUCCACUUUGAUAUGACAAUGGAUUUUCUUAGUCUCAAAGAUUUAGGACACUGGUAUUAGCUAAGCUUCUUGCCUGUGCUAGAUAUUAAAAAUUUACUGAUGCACGUUGAGUUCUGCAGUUUCAGGCUUCCUGGAUGUUAAACAGUUGAGUCAAAGAAGGCCAUGCUAUAAAGUGUUUUGAUUAUUGAAAAUAGAACUGUGUUUCAGGCAA